GUUAGGAGCGCCUGCCAGUAACUGUCAGUUUCUGAUCACUAAAGCUGGGAAUCGGUGUACGCGAUGCGGAUUUUGUGUAAUGUACCUGUUGAGUAGUAACCGGGUCUUGUGGACGAAGUAUCACGGAAAAUAAGAGUAAGCUGUCCAUCAAGGGCAGCCACCUGUUGGGGGUUAAAGGCCUUGCUCAUGGACCUACAGACGUGCUGAGGCUGGGUUUGAAGUGGUGAAUUUGUGAUUACAGGCACCCAGGUUUAGCCCACUGAGCCAGACGCUGCCCAGAAAAAGAGGUUAAGUUUUCAACUAGCAAUAAUCGUGCCUUGAUUAAACCUCAUAGGCUACGAUCUUGCCACUGCGCAAAAGUACGUAAAAGUACAUGUAAUAACGUGGAAACAUAAUUGUUUGCUUUCCGUGUGAUAUAUUAUGCAAUGCUGAACUUCCGUUGAAUAUUCUUGCAGCAGUAUGAUACUGUAAAUUUAUGGAAUAGUGGAGAUAACACUUGCUAAACACCUCUGGGAACUCCUUCAAGACUGUUGGAAAACCAUUUCAGGGAUCCUCACCAUUUGUCAAGAGAGUUUGUGUCACACAAAGAAUCAGUGGCGUUGGGGGCAGGAGCCAGUUCUCUGCUUGUACUCUUCCAAACAACAUGAGCACUGUCCAGAGAAGGAGGCGCAUCAAUUCUUCUUGGUCCCGGCGACCCACCAAAAGGAGUAGGGGCACCAGUAUGCCCCCCCGGAGUGGCCCUGAUUCUAGCAGGCACAACGGCUCGGUUGUGGUUGACCUGACCUGUGAAGCCCUCGAUCCUCCCGUGGUGGACCUGACUACCAGCGACUCGGUGGUGCUUGUUGAUGAACGUUCUCAGGGUGACCAUGGCGCUAGCAGUGAGAGCUAUGUGCUGAGCAGUGGCGAAGAAGACGAGAUGACUUUCCCCAGCAGAGCGGCCUUCCUCUCUGCCCUGGAGUCCAAUAACAGAGCCAGGUCCACACCGGGAACCAUCAGCUGUCCCAUCUGUCUGGAAACCUACGGGGAGAUCGUGGCUAAUGGAAGGCUGGUGGUAUCCACCAAGUGUGGUCACCUGUUCUGCAGCCAGUGCCUCCGGGACUCCCUGCUUGAGUCUCACACCUGCCCCACUUGCCGGAAGCGACUGACCAACAAGCAGUACCACCCGAUAUACAUCUGAAGGAGCAAGACCUCACUCAGCCCCUGCAAAGCCAGUUGGGAAGAUGCAGUUUAAUGUUUGCACUUCUAUACCAACAAGCCACUUCUGCAAAGGUGCAAAGUGCCAGCACAGAUCAUGGUCUUGCCAAUUAAUUGGAACUCUGACAACUAGGGGGGCCACUACCCCAAACUGCGCCUAUGCCUGGAGAGCCUACAACACUGGCUGUGCUCAUUUCUAAUCUGAUUUGUCUGAAGUCUUUUUCUGGACAUUUGCUUUAUAUUUUAUCAUCUUUGAGACCAGCUGAAAAAGAUGCAUCUGUCCCUAUUGCUCAGGAAGUUAUAUUGAGGGUAUCAGGCCCAGCGGUGAUGCUGAGGCCCAGCGGUGUGGCACAUCGCCCUCUGCUGGACAGACUGCUGUGCUGCUAUAGUCUUAUUUUUGUAAAUAUUUAUAGCUGCUUUGUAAAUAUGAUACCACUAAGUUAAGGGUUAGUGACAAUAUAAAGAAAUUUUUUUUAAAGCUUUGGGCAUAACAUGACAUCAUUUAGAUUUCUAAAAAUCCUUGGUGCCUGAAAAACAUUUUAAUUAUGCAACAGAUGUGAAUGAGUUUUAGGUAUAACUGCGAACUGUUGAUUGGUUUCCUUUGGGCAAGUGUGUGUGAGUUUUGAUAAUAAAUGAACUUUGAAAAUGG